UGCAAAGUUUCAGAAAUAUUGUCUAAAAACCCUCCUGUUUCAAGCUUCACACGGCACUUGAUCUGCGGAAAUGGCUUCCAACGGUGCCUCUGUGAGAGCUGAUGCGGACACGGAGAAUAGCUUGCAGAAGAUCAAGCGCCAGUUAGCUUCGAGUUCUGCCAAAAAUUUGUUGCAGGGACCGCUUCUCAAGCGAUCCGAAACAUUAAGGAAAUGGAACGAACGCUGGGUUAUUUUGGAUCCAACAACUGGGAGAAUGGAAUACAAGAUAAGAAGAAAUGAGCCCACUGUUAAGGGAACGAUUGUAUUUGAUGCUAAUAGCACAAUUACAGUAUCUCCUGUAAACUUCCAAGGGCUGCCAAAGUAUGAUGGUUGCUGCUUUUAUAUUGGGACCCCACAGAAAAAGGAUUACUUUCUUUGUGCGGAGACUCCUGGUGCGGCUAGAGCAUGGGUGUCAACUUUACAUGCAACUCAGCUGGUUCUGAAAGCCCACAAAGAGGCUGUGAAUUCCUUGAGUGGAAAUGGAUCUUCAAAAGUAGGAGUUGUUGCAACAGCUGUUGCCGCAGCCAACUCAACGGCCUUGGAAUUCUCUAAAGAAAUUGAAGCAGCCAUGCAAAUCUCUCUUCGAAAUGCACUAGGAAUGAUAAAUAGAACUACUGAUGGUCCUAUGGAUGAUUUAGCAAUCAUGAAGGAAACACUGCGAGUUAAGGAUGAGGAACUACAGAACUUGGCACGUGAUAUUCGAGCACGUGAUUCUACAAUAAAAGAAAUAGCAGAGAAACUAUCUGAGACUGCUGAAGCAGCUGAGGCAGCAGCAUCUGCUGCCCAUACUAUGGAUGAGCACAGGCAAAUUGCAUGUGUGGAAAUUGAACGUUUGAAAAAACAGUCAGUGCUGCAACUUCAGAUGUCCAAGCAGAAGCUAAAAGAGUCUGAAGAAAAGAUUGUGGGGUUAAGCCGAGAGAGGGACCAGUUAAACAAACAGAGAGAUGAUGCUACUCAGGAGGCAAACAUGUGGAGAUCCGAGCUGGCAAAAGCUAGAGAACAUGAUGUGAUCUUAGAAGCAGCUGUAGUCAGAGCAGAAGAAAGGGUUAGGGUUGCUGAGGCAAAUGCUGAAGCUAGGAUAAAGGAGGCUUUACAAAAAGAAGCAUCGGCAUUAAAAGAGAAGGAGGAGCUUCUUGCAUAUGUGAAUGUAUUAAAAGCACAACUUCAAAGACAACAUAUCAAUGCUACUCAAGUUAUUGAGAAGACCGAGUCUUGCUCGGAUACAAAGCAUGUUGACUUGACUGAAGAGAACGUGGACAAAGCAUGUUUAAGUGUUUCAAGGGACAUCCCUGUCCCUGUACCUGCUGAGAGUGUAGUUCACAUGGCGACAGAUCAGACGAAUAUUCAGCCUCUUGGAGACCGCAAAUGGAGUGAUAUUCAGGCCACAGAGGCAAGGGUAGCUGAUGUAAGGGAAGUAGAACUUGAAACUGAAGGAAGCAGUUUAGAUAUUCCUGUGGUUAGCCAGCCAGGUGCUACCAAUCACAAUGAACAAGGGCCAAAUACUUCUAAUCAGCCCUGAUGAUAUCCACAAAUAGACAUAUAAAAAUUUUUUAUCUGGAAGGAAUCUAAUGUAUCAUUUGGUUGCAUGUGAAUGUAUUCUUUUUGUUGAUUUCAUUCUCUCAGUGCCCCAGUCAAAUUGUGUUGAGUUAUAACUGACUAGGUGACCUGUGAACUAAGUCAAGCAAAAUUGCAGCAACUCAGAACAAUCUGUUUUCUUAA